AUUAAUCUUAUUUACCUUGUUGGCAUAUCCUGCUUCGAGCUUCCCUAGCAAGCAAUGAUGAAAUAAUAUUUACAGGGUUUCUCUGAGAAUUUGCUUCCAGUGAUUCAUUUCUUUCCCUGUGCCAUAUUAUUCUGCCAACACAUUCUCAAAAGACGAAGCUUUUUACAGAAAAGUGAAUGGCGUCGAAAAAUGAUCCAUUUGAAUUCCGAGAUUUUGAUGAGACUGGGGAUCUACUGAUACCCAGCAAUGAUGCAGUAACCAUCAGCAUUGAUGAUGAGGACCUGAAGCCCAAGAGGGCAAGAAGUGAUGUCGGUUUUACUCAAGAUGCUGCUGAUGAAGAACCACUCAUCGGUGAUGACAGAGAAGAGCUUCUAGCUGGGAAAAAGAAAAGUGCUCCUUUUUGGACGUUUGAAUACUACCAAAAAUUCUUUGACAUUGAGACCCAUCAUGUAAAGGAGAGGAUCCUUGGAUCAAUGGUGCCGUGGCCUGGAAAGAACUUCAUUCAAGUCUACCUUCGUAAAAACCCCGAUCUUUACGGUCCAUUCUGGAUUUGUACCACUCUUGUGUUUGUCAUUGCUAUCAGUGGAAAUGUAUCUAAUUUUUUGGUACACUUUGGCAACCCAGACUUUAAAUAUACCCCAGAGUUUCGAAAGGUGAGCAUAGCUGCUACAGCCAUCUUCAGCUAUGCUUGGCUGGUGCCCCUUGGACUCUGGGGUUUGCUGUUAUGGAGGAGCAAUAAGAUCUUGAACCUGGUGUCAUAUUCAUUUAUGGAGAUCGUCUGCGUCUACGGAUAUUCUUUGUCAGUUUACAUUCCAGCUGUGGUGCUGUGGAUUAUACAGUAUGAGUGGCUGAGGUGGCUCUCCAUCGCAGUGGCACUCUGCCUUUCCGGCUCCGUACUGGUGAUGACUUUCUGGCCCGCACUCAGAGACGACCACCCCAAAGUCGUCAUAGCGACCGUAUCAGCCAUCCUGUUGCUGAACGCAUUGUUGGCUGUAGGCUUUAAGAUGUACUUUUUUAGCCAACCUGGGCCAGGAUCAGUACCUGUAUCUGUACCUGUAACAAAGACCACCAAUGGCACAUCAUCAUGAAGGACCUGCAUCGUGCAAAGGUUCUCCAGUUGCUUUAUCAGAGAGACUCAAGUUCCUGCGCUAAUGAAGUCAUGGGUGGACCGGAUUUCACCGGCAACUCCGACAUUGAGGCCAUUAUAGGCCAGCGUGUAAACUCUGUGCAGCAUUGUAAGCUCUGAAAAUGAAAACUGGUCAGAAGUAUGUUACUCCUAAUGGGAUGGCUUCUAAACUUGCUUAAGUUAAUUGGGGUUUAGUAUUACACAGCACACUUAGUCUGUUAUAGUGAUGUUGUUUCCAGCUUUAUAGCACUAAUGGUAAAAUGUUUAUUUUCAAAAAAUGGUUUAUGAGAGCAAGUUUGUUUAAAAAAAUGUUUCAUAAGUACCCUCUUGAGGUAAAGGUGUUUUAUUUUCCUAAUAUCAAGUGCCCUUAGCCACAGCCAAGUGUUUUAAGUGAUUUUUGUAAAUAUUUUAUGAAUAGUUUGUUGUUAUUAUGGCAAAUCAAAAUAAAGUCUAUGAAAAUCC